AUGGGUGAGUAUUGUGGCGCUGGAUUCCCCGAGGGGGUCGCGGGACAGGAGCGAGGGCGGCGGCGGAAGAGGGAGCAGGCCCCCCGGGAAAGGUGCCUGAUGGUACUCAAGCAGCAGAAGACGAGGUUCUACAUUCUCGGCCGCUGUGUCGCCAUGCUUCUCUGCUGGCACGCCCACGCCCUCUCCGACUGA